CUGCACGAAAAUAUCAACGGCACUGGCAACUGCAAGAAGCAAUUUCUCGAACCUCGCGCUCGGGCUGAGCCCGGAUGUAGGAUCCGUACGAAUGGCGUUACCGUUUGACACUGCUACGGCGUCGUUGAGAGAUGACCUAUCGAAGAGAGCUCGGAAGCCUUACACCAUCACCAAGUGCAGAGAGAGCUGGACUGAGCCAGAGCACGAUAAGUUCCUCGAAGCUAUUCAACUCUUUGAUCGUGACUGGAAGAAGAUUGAGGCUUUUGUUGGAUCGAAGACUGUCAUUCAGAUACGUAGUCACGCUCAGAAGUACUUCCUGAAGGUUGAAAAGAGUGGGACGGGUGAACACUUGCCUCCUCCACGACCAAAGAGGAAAGCUGCUCAUCCAUAUCCUCAAAAAGCUUCAAAAAAUGCUCUUGCACUAUUGUCAGGACCAUUUCAAUCUUCCCCUGUUGAACCGAAAUAUAAUAUAAAGCCAGAUUCCUCUUCUACUCCAGCGAGUUUCAUAUCUGCUUCUGCCAUGUCAUCCAGGGUGGAUAACUCUAUCCAGACAGUCAAUUGCUCUCAAGGGCAAGUUAUAGAUAACAAUUGUACCAGUAGCACAGACCGCACUGCAAAAACACGCUUUCCAACUAACUCAAGCAUCGAGGAACACAACAACCUUCAGUUGAGAGUAUUGCCAGAUUUUGGUCAAGUCUACAACUUCAUUGGCAGCGUGUUCGACCCAAAAGCCUCAGGUCAUGUGCAGAGGUUAGAACAGAUGGACCAAAUAGACGUCGAAACCGUGCUGUUGCUGAUGAGAAACCUGGCCAUUAAUCUCACCAGCCCUGACUUUGAGGAGCAUAAAAGGGUCCUCUCAUCAUAUGAUGCCUUCAUGGAAUAUGGUUAGUAAUAACAAGAAAGCUGGAGAAUCUCGUUGUUGGAGAUGGAAAUGACAACUGCCAGCUCUACUACUUCACCAAAUUGUACCUAAUUGAGUCUUCCUUAAUACUACUGCACUAGAUACCCAGUCUUGUACUACUGUUGUAUAUUCGCCCACUAUCACUUCUUAGAGCAAGAGAUUGAGAAACAUUCUCUAUAUACCUUUGCUUCCCAUUCUGAGCGUAUAGUUCUAAGUUUUGAUAUCGAAACUAUAAUAAUAGGAGAAUCAUCUUUUC